AGCCCAUCUUCGCUCCACGUCUUCCACAGGGAUUAUUUCAAUUUACUAACCCCUCCUAGCGAUCCACUCCUCUCAGCUCUACCAGGCUCUGUCUUCCUCGACUUCUUAUUCCGCGUCCAUAACUCAUCGAUCGCUGAUUUAUUUGUAAUUUAACAAUCUUUGUAAACGUCCCAAUGAUUUAGUGACAAUACCCCUCAAGAUUCCAAACCUCGGCCAAGUAUUCAUCAUGGCUGGGGUUGCGCAUUUGUUGUACGCAUUCGUUGCAUCUAUGACAUCUCUACAGCUAAUCCGUGUCACAUUUUUAUUAUAAGAAAGGAGCGUCGUUUGAAAGGUGACGAUUUAUUUACCAAAGCCAUAGAAUACCGAAUUCUCGAUAGCAUGGAAUCGUGUAUAUCAACCCAGUGUACGAAUUUGUUUAAGUACACUGAAGUUAGUAUUGUGUUCAGUUUACGAAACAUGUUCAAGCUUUUCUCUCGUCAAGCAGAGCCUGGAAUUCAGGAUCCUCGGACAGUUUAGUUGAGACAAUCCUGCAAGUAUUAGAAAUUACUGUUUUGUAUUCUACACGGAAUCAACUUGAGGUAACUGGCUCGAAAGAAAUUCCGUUCUCUUGAUUAUAAUUAUAAUUUGCAUCGACGGUACAGAAAGUCUUUGAAAGACCCCUUUAAAAAAAUACCAUCUGAAGCGCUCGAGAAAAAAUAUUGAACGUUUUUUUCUCACAGUACCAAAACAUGAAGAAUCAACGUUAACACUGAAAAAAGAAGUAUGAGGGUUGGCUGCAGCUGAAACAGGUGCGGAAUGGCCUGUAUGCGAGCUAUGAGUCUGGCGAGGAGUCACCAGCUAGUCAAUAUGCUUCGCAAAGAAGGUCCUCUGUAUAAACAUCAAUUUGCGAGGAGUCGUGGACAAAAACUACCAGGGGGCUCGUAAAACGUCGACUGGGAUUGGCGAGACUUAGUUACGGUCCGGAGUCGACUUUGCCGAGGUCAGCCUGGGUAACGGAUCGUUUAACGUUCGAAUUGAAUGGGAGCGCUGAGGUUGGGCCGGCGCUGCAGCUCCCAAAAAGAAUGAACUUUACCUCCGCAGAAAGAUCCGAAAAUCUGAAACCUCGCUGGCCGUGAGGGAAACCCCAUUUUGAAACGCCGCGUGGAUUAGCAACGCGAAGUCUGGUUUCAAUAAGUCCUCAAUCUCGGCGUCGCCAUGUGCAAACGGCCAACCUUUGCCCCCUCGAUCUCUGUCUGCGUGGGUGGCGCUCGUCCUCUGGAUGAUAAUUUGAUGCCUCUAGGUCUGACGGUAUUUGCAGGACAAUUGACAGUCACCCCAAAACCCUGAAAUCCUGCAAACUAGAAUCUGGGAGAUGGAGCCACUUGCGGUCGCAAUGACGUCAGAAGUGCUGCGGCCAAUCGCAGUGGGCUGAGAAACUCCGCGGGAGGUUUGAAGCGAUCAGCCAUUCCCUUUUCAGCAAACAAACGAAUACAAGAACCGACCAAAGUCCAGACGACGAGUGAAUCGUUGGCAACGGGGUCAGCAUGAGGUCAGGGUGCUGGCGCGGCGGUCGGCGAUGCUGAAGGAAGUGGGCUGCGGCGGUGGAAACCCCCUACCGGGGGAUGGUGCCGUCGGCAGCUGUCAGGUGGGCACCAGCGACCCGUCCAGCAACCCGGAAGGAGGGCUAAGCUGCGGAGGCUGCGGACGAGAAAUCGCCGAGCGGUGGUAUCUCAGGGCUGCCGACCGAGCCUGGCACUGCGGCUGUCUCAGGUGCUGCCAUUGCCGGCUACCCCUGGCUGCCGAACUCACUUGCUUCGCCAGGGAUGGAAAUAUAUACUGCAAGGAGGAUUAUUACCGCUUGUUCGCGGUGUCGAGAUGUGCUCGAUGUAGAGCCGGAAUUUCUGCCUCAGAGCUGGUCAUGAGGGCGAGGGAUUUGGUCUACCACGUCGCCUGCUUCACUUGCGCAUCCUGCGGCGUUCCUCUGAACAAAGGUGACCAUUUCGGCCAGAGAGAAGGGCUGGUAUACUGCAGGCCUCACUACGAGCUGAUUUGCUGCGCGGCUGACUACAACAGCGCCGGAGGCAGCGUCGACGACAUCGGAUCACCCGGAGUCUCUCCUGGGCCGGCCUACUUCAGCGCGGCCGAACAAAGCCCUCUCCAAGGCGGUGGCGUCCAGAAGGGUCGUCCCCGGAAGCGCAAGCUCUCCGACGCUACCGGUUCCGAUUUACCGGUCACGAUGCGGCUGGCUGCCGGCGCUCUAGAAUUGCUUCACCCCAGCGAGCUCUCCUCGUCGAUGGAGUCGCUGACCGCCUACGACGCCUCGGUUGGAUCCCCGGGUUCCGUCCACCAGAGUCAGCGGACGAAACGCAUGCGGACGAGCUUCAAACACCAUCAGCUCAGAACGAUGAAGAGCUACUUUGCCAUCAACCAGAACCCGGACGCCAAGGACCUCAAACAGCUGGCUCAGAAGACGGGUCUGUCGAAGCGCGUCCUCCAGGUUUGGUUCCAAAACGCCCGGGCAAAAUGGCGACGAAACAUGAUGCGACAGGAGGGAAACGGCGGGGGCGGAGGCGGCGUAGGCUGCCCAGGAACACCCGCGUCUUCGAACCAGGGGCGCCCCCCCAGCGUCGGACCAAGCUCCGGCCUUCUGGGGGACAGCAACAGCCUGCCCCCAGCUUCCAUGGAGGAACUCCACGCGCUGCACCAUCUCCACUCAGGCGUUUCGUCCCAGGUAUCGUUCUCCGAUAUCUACUGACGCCGGUUUCAAACGGAGGAGGACUGCAAUUUCGGCUCCCUCCCCAACCAGCUCGGCUAGUGGAUAAUCGGUUGUGCGAAAGGAGCUGGUGGCCGUGGAUCUCGGACGUGCAGCGGAAACGGAGCUGCGAUUCGGGAGGAAAAAUUAAUGGAAAAAGUGGAGGAAACCGACGGAUCGCCGGAUUGAACCGCGGGACUUUCAGAUAAUAUAAUCGGGAUUCGCGAUCGCUCUGCGUCCCGUUAAAGGAAUCGGUUUCUAUCGCAUCGAGAGAACGUUUCGCUCGAGCCACGUGGAAUCUCUUAACGUGAUGCAGGGAGGCUGCGAGAGAAGGGGAGAUUAUCUCAGGAGAUUUUACCGGAUAAAACAUUAUACGUAUGUUGCGCUCGCACUUGCGUAGGCAACCACUUACGACGCCGCACGCGCUUUCGAUAAAUAGAUAGAUAGAUAGAUAGGUACAGCUAAAACUACAUUGUCGCCUAUUUCUCGGGGAGAAGUUGCGGCUCAAGAUCUCGCUGUCUAUAACUAGUCAUUUAUUGUAUAGAAACAGCUAAGCGGAUCGGUCAUUUUUCUCCUUCACCCUCUUUCUUUAACCCUGCUGAUAAUGUUGAAGCAGAUUUAUUAUACGGUUACGUUUCACCUAAUUGUACAAUUAAUUGCAGACGUAAGUGAUAAUGAAAUAGUUCUAUAAAGUUCCGAAUUAAAUAUAUAUAUGUAAUAUAGUGAGGAGAAAUUUUAGACGACGUAUAGUUUCAACUUGUGGCAAACGGAGGGAAAAGGAGAGAAGUAAGAAAGACAAAAUGCAAUUCAUCGUACAACUAGCAUAUUGUAUGAUAUUAAUAAUUAAACAGCCAAUUAUGAGUCGUCGAGUGGCCAAACGCAGACGGUGUUUCAGUUUGUACUGCAAUUAAGUAACCAAGGCCAGAGUUACGGUUGGUGCACGAUUAUUACUGCGCAUCGCGGGGAAUAUUAUUCAUUCAACUUUCUGAUUUUCGUUUCAGAGUUCAACUUGUUUUCUGCUAAAAGACUAUAUCUUAAUCGUAGAUGUUUCUGUUACACUGCUUGCAUCGUACGGUAUUCGACAAGAGAGUGAACUUGAAAUCUGUGAUUUCUUAUUUCCUGAGUUAUUAUUUAUUCAAAUUGAAAAUUCAGAGUCUAGUCUGUGCCAAAAAAUUAUGCGAGUCUCAUACAUCGUGAAGCAAAAACCCAGGCGACGGUAACGAGUUUGCGAACAGCUAGUUCGUUAUUUAUAUAGGACGGAUGAACGAUACGCGAAUGUAGGUAUAUAAUAUGCAACAUCGAGCAACGUGUAAAAUUCUUACCAACGUAAAUGAAAAUUCUUUGUAUAAAAAAAAUCAAAACAAUACAACGUAAGACCUAUCAAAUCAACAGUAAAGUUAACGUUAUUGUUCGUCGAUGCAACGUAACUUGGAAGUAUAUAUAUAGGUAUAAAUGUGAAAUUCGGUGCAAGAAGCAGCGCGUAACGUCUAUAACAAUUAAGUGUAGUGAAAACCCUGUUAUAAUACGUACGAAACAUAUCAGUGUGCGACAUUUCAAUGCAUCUGCCACUGUGUAAUAAAUAGUAAUAUAUACAAUGAUA